AUGACACACAGCUUGGAAAAUCCAAGAAGGUUACUGGUAGUUCGACACGGUGAACGUUGUGAUUUCACAUUCAAUCAGCAAGGAAUUAAUUGGAUGAGACGUGCAUUUGACUCGAAUGGCAAAUAUCGUCCGUUCGAUUUGAACUUACCGCGGAAUAUGCCGAAACGCAAAGAUGGCUAUGAGAAAUUUGCAAGUGAUAGUCCGCUGACGGAAAUGGGAUACUUACAAUCCAAGUUGACUGGUCGAGCACUACGUGAUCAUAAUGUUAAAAUUGACUUCAUUUAUUGCUCAUCAGCGCUAAGGUGCGUUCAAACUGCUGUUGGUAUUGUCAAAGGUAUGGAUAAUAGGACACUUCAGCUGAAUAUAGAGCCAGGCCUGUUCGAGUGGACCCAGUGGUGUCGUAAUGGCAUUCCGUCGUGGAUGUAUCCAGAGGAAUUAGCGAGUAUUGGUUAUCCUAUAAACACCAAGUAUGAGCCAUUGACGAGGGCGGUGGAUUUGAAGUUGAACGAGUCGUUAGAGGAGUAUUAUGAUCGAUCAUAUGUGCUGAUUGAGAGUAUCUUGAAACGACAUCAGCAAGGUACCGUUCUGAUAGUAGCACAUGCCGCAUCGUUAGAUACCAUUACGCGUCAGUUAUGUGGUGGACUACCGCGCAAUCAGCAGGAAUUCUUUUAUUGUAUUCAGCAAACACCUUACUUGGCGUGUAAUCAAGUGCUCGAGAUGCCCAAUAAACAGUGGAAGAUAAGUAUACCUCCGAUACCGUCGUUAACGCACGCCUCAAAUACAUCAUACAAUUCGAAAAUGCUGACGAUGAAUUUUCCUCAGAUGGGUUCUGAAAAAAAUGAAAAUUAA